GAACAUGUUUGAUCUUUUCAUUCAUAAUAUCAUCAUCAAAUACAGUCCUAAUACAUCGAAAUCUAAGAAAAAUUGCAACAAACAAGGCGAAAGUUUUUUUCGAAGAGAACAGAUCAGAAUAGGAGGGAGGAAUCCCACCCACGGGUCAAGCUCCAACCGUCUCCCUCAUUGCUCUUCCCAAAACUUUCAAUUUCCUAAGAGGGAUUAAUCCAGAAAAUGUGCUUUCAUUGGGAACUCAAAUAACCUCCUUUCAACCGUCGCCCCAAAAUAGAAAUUCUUUCCUCUCAACCGCCGUUGUUACCCCUUUUCUUCUCCACGAAAUCCCCUUCUACUACUCUUCGAAAACUCAGAAGGAGACUCCCAAGACUAACCCAAAAUCAACCAAAAGUCCCCCACAAUCAAACUCCAAAAUCAACCCAAAGACUCCCAAAAGACCUCUGCUUUUUGCUCUCUAUAUAUACCCAAACAACAAAAUAAAAUAAAAAUGAAAAAGCUUUGCUCCGGAUGCCAAUUUUGUCUGGUAUUGACUAUUUUUUUCUAUAUGGCUGUAGCGUGCAGGAGGCAAGGGCAUGGGAUUGGGGCGCAGAGUGCAGGAGGCGCAGCAGUAGGGGUGCAGGCGGCAAGGGUAGGGCUCGGUGCAGCAGAGGGGGGGCUGGCUUGGUGUGCAGGGGAGGUAUGAUUGCUGGAAGUGGGCUCAGGCGUGUAGAGGUGUAUGAUUGCUGGGAUCUGGGCGCAGAAGGCACGGUCGGGCGUAGGAGCAAGGCAAGGGAUCUGGGCUUGGGGCAGAGGAGGGUGCAGGUGGCUGCAGGUUUGGGUGUAGCAGCAGGGGCGCAAGCAAGAGGGCUAGGGAUUUGGGCUCGGUGCGUAGCAAGCAAAGGGGAGCAGAAGCGUGCAGGAGCAGGAUCAACGCAGCAAGUAGGGGCGUAGGCUCAGUGCAGGGCAGGGGGGGCAGAGCAAAGGGGAUUUGGAUUUUGGGUUGCAGAGAGGGGAAGACCUUUUUUUUUUUUUUUUUUUUUAAUUGGGGCUUUGGGUUUUGAGUUUUGAGUUUUGAGUUUUGGGUAAUGGUGAGCUUGGGUUUUUGGGCUUUGGGUUCUUGUCGGUUUUGGGUUUGGGUUUUUGGAUUUUGAUUUUGGGUUUGGGUUUGGGUUUGAGGCUUAAAAAUUGGAAUGGGAUGGUGUUGGAUUGAGCUAGGAUCAAUAUUGGGUAUGGGCUGGACUUAUAAAUUCAUCUUGAUGAA